AUGACAGUGACCCAUUGCAAACCGCCCCCGGUACCGCAGUGCCGCCCCUCCCCCAUGACUGACAGAGGACUGAGGUGGGAUGAUUUAGCCUGGGAACUGGAGCCCCAAUUUCACGGCCACUUGACCGCUCUCCGCUCAAUUUCAUGGUGUCCCUCCUUGAGCAAUUAUAGCUCCGUCUUAAAAAUCACAAAGAGAUCUGCGCAGUCGGCGAUAGAUGUUCAGGUCUUCAACAUCUCCUUCCAUAGAUCAUUUCGUGCUAAAAGCAAGGGAUUUUCCCAUGCAGCAUCAGACCAGGUGUCGCCUCUGUCUAGACACCUCCACCUUGAAUGGGACCUUAAGAAAAAGGAGCAGAAUGGAAGAGAUAAGAAAAAAUACUGA